CUCUCUCUCUCUCUCCCCCUCUCUCAAACCAAGCUUUAAGCCUUAAUUAAGCCAUGCCAACUCUCUCUGCUUCUUCUGAUAAUCCUCUUGUUUUGGACUCUUCUGUUUCCCAAAUCCCGUCUCAGUUCGUCUGGCCCGAGGCUGAGAAGCCGUGCCAUGACUUGCCUGAGUUUCAUGUCCCUCCUAUUGACUUGAACGCCGCCUUCGUCUCCGAUGACCCAACUGCUCUCUCCGAGACGUGUCGCCUUCUCAACCAGGUAUGCCAGAAGCACGGUUUCUUUCUCGUGGUUAACCAUGGCGUCGAUGCGGAGCUAAUAGCGAAGGCGCAUAAGUUCAUGGAGUCGUUCUUCGGCAUGAAGCUCGAGGAGAAGCAGCGGGCUCGGCGGAAGGCGGACGAGCACUGCGGCUAUGCCAACAGCUUCGUUGGGAGAUUCUCGUCCAAGCUUCCAUGGAAGGAAACUCUCUCUUUCAGAUAUUGUGCUGAUGCUGCUUCCUCUACUCUUGUUGAAGAUUACUUUGUUGAAGCUUUGGGAGAAGAUUUUAGAAAUGCUGGGAAGCUGUACCAAGAAUACUGCGAGGCAAUGAGCAAGCUGUCGCUGAGAAUAAUGGAGCUUCUGGGGAUGAGUUUAGGAGUUGGAAGACAAUAUUUCAGAGAUUUCUUUGAACAAAAUGAUUCAGUUAUGAGACUAAAUUACUACCCACCUUGCCAAAAACCAGACCAAACUCUUGGAACUGGCCCUCACUGCGACCCUACUUCCUUGACCAUCCUUCACCAAGACCAUGUCCAUGGCCUCCAAGUUUUCGUGGACCGCGAGUGGCGCUCCAUCGCCCCCAACCCUGAUGCUUUCGUCAUCAACAUCGGUGACACUUUCACGGCGUUGACGAAUGGACUGUACAAGAGUUGCUUGCACAGAGCAGUGGUGAACGAGGGAGCUGUGAGGAAAUCUUUGGCUUUCUUUCUGUGUCCAAAUGAAGAGAAAGUGGUGAGUCCACCAAGCUGUUUGGUUGACGAGAAAAAUCCAAGAAUUUUCCCGGAUUUCAGAUGGCCAACUUUGCUGGAAUUUUCUCAGAAACAUUACAGAGCUGAUGAUAGAACCCUAAAUGCCUUCUCCAACUGGCUCUUCCAAACAACACUUUCCACCAAUUGACAUCACAUAUUAUUCCACAAUAAUAUCAACCCUUCUUCUUCCUUCUUCUUUUAUGUAAAUUUUAAUCAACCUAUAACAAAUUACAUCCCUAUCUCGUAUUUUCCACGCGUCGUUUUGGAAAAUGAUUUCGAAUGUUUUACUAGUUUGUGAGAUCAGGUUAUUAUAUGAUCUUAAUGUUCUAUUAGUUGAUUUUAACGGGAUUGAUACACGUACGAACGGGUAUUGAUUUUCGUCGAAGUUAAAUAAUGGAAUUUUUAGUAGAGGAGUAUGAUUUCUUAAAUCUCACAAAUUAUAAAGCAUUGACAUUGUUUUGUGAAGGAGUACAAGGAUUCAUGGUUUGUAAAAUAAGUGAAGUAUGAGAA